CUGGGAUGAGAAGUUUCCUCAACAGCCCACUCCGCGUCAAUACAGCACGCAUACCAGCCUAUCUGCACUGCCGUCCCUCACUCAACAUCAGCACAACUUUGAUCAGAAUGGCAGGAACUACAGCGCCGGAUGCGCAGCCUUGGAGCAGCAUGAAGGGAAAACUGAACGACGGUCUGCUUCGCGGUCUGGCUGGGAUGGGAUAUGAGUUCAUGAGUCCCGUGCAACAGAAAGUCUUGUCUGAAUUACCAUCUUUCAGCGCUGAUUGCCUCGUGCAAGCAAAGACCGGAACAGGAAAGACGAUCGCGUUCUUGCUCCCAGCUCUGCAUUCUCUUCUGGCGAAUCCCAACGUCCCACGGGGUCAAGUCGGAAUUCUGAUCUGCUCACCAACUCGUGAACUUGCGCUCCAAAUUGCAAAGGAAUGCAACGCAGUCACUGCACAGCUGCCGUCUCGACUGGAAUGCCACACUGCAUACGGUGGCACGUCUAAAGAGCGCGACCUCAAGGCGUUCCUCAAUGGAGAUCCCAAGAUUGUUGUUGCUACUCCCGGUCGACUGAACGACUACCUCAACGACGAAUACGUUGCUGAGAAAUUUACAAACCUACGCACAUUGGUACUUGACGAAGCAGAUCAAAUGCUCGAGGCAGGAUUCCUGGUUGCAAUCAAUGAGAUUCUGCGCCGUGUACCACCCAAGGACAAGACUCACUGGCAAGGGAUGUGCUUUUCCGCCACGAUUCCCGAGAAGAUCAAGAGUGUCCUACCCAAGAUUCUGAGCAAACAACACACCCACCUUUCUACCGUCGAUCCGAAUGAGACACCGACCAUUGAUCGUGUUCUGCAGCACUCCGUCAUUGUGCCGUCCAAUUACGAAGUAUAUCCAGCAUUGUGGGCUCUUCUUCAACAAGAGUAUGCCGCCACUAAGGGUGAUUUCAAAGUCAUUGUCUUUGGUUGUACGGCAAACGGUGUCGCUCUCAUGCACGCCCUCUUCACCAAUCUUCUACACUCCAAUAACGCCAUCAAAGUCUUCCAGCUCCAGUCUCGUCUAACUCAAGCGAACAGAACGAGAACCACAAACGAGUUCAAGGAGGCGAAGGCUGGCGUCAUGUUCGCGUCGGACGUGAUUGGUCGCGGCAUGGACUUUCCGAAUGUUUCCCACGUCAUUCAAGUCGGGCUGCCCUCCAACGGCGAUCAAUACGUUCAUCGUGUUGGGCGCACAGCUCGUGCUGGUAAUGAGGGACGUGCAAUGAUUCUACUGACUCAGCGUGAAAGCUUCUUUCUCAAAGUCAACAAGCGGUUACCGAUCACUCCAUACCCUGCAGACCUUACUGGUGCGGCGAUAACAGAGCAAGCCCGAGAAGUGCAGAUUGCAUUCGCUGACGUCCAAGAGAUUACGAAAUCCAAGGCAUACCAAGCUUGGCUCGGUUUCCACAAGGUCUUCACAAAGCAACUGCAACUUACAAAUGAUGGAUUAGUGGAGCAAGUCAACGAGUACGCCGCGGCCAUGGGCUGUCCGGAGCCUCCCAUGAUUGACAAGCGUGUAGUGGGGAAAAUGGGCUUGAAGGGAGUACGUGGAUUGAAUAUUGGGCUUGUCGAGACCACGGGUGGCGGCCGCGGAGGCCGAGGGGGCCGAGGAGGCGGUCAUGGAGGGGAUAAUCGGAUUGGUGGUGGCGAAAGUAAUGGCAGGAUCGAGAAGAAUGGAGGAGGUCGUGGAGGAUCUGGUGCAGGUGGUCGUGGUCGUGGCAGAGGCGGUGGUGCCCGCAGAGGCCAAUGAGUGGGCUAGCUAUCAUUUGGAUGCCAGCCCAGGUUCUGCAGACGAAAGGGGAGAUGUGUGUUGCUCGAGAGAUCCACUUCCAGCACUCACAUCCUGUUAAAGUAUGAGGAAGGCAUUGGAGGUGGAGAGGACAAAUUCUUUGGUCCUAUUCAAGGCAUGAGCGAGUUGGAAAUGGUACCUCACUGGUAGGCAAGUCGCCAACAUGUUGAUGAGCACUCACGCCAACUGGCCAAUGAAUGGAAGGCCAUCCCGAGUAAUUGAGUGAGGCUGAAUACCUCGAACAUGAAAAUGCCAAGUAGUGGGGUGAGGACCGGGUGUGGGAACGAGGAGCUCGCAGCUACAAUAUUGAACAUUCAUAAAACUGACUUGCCUGGUCACGUCUACAAGUGUGUUAGAGGUGCCGGACAAGCUACCUCGGCCGAGACCCAGGUGAUUAUCCUUGCCGCCUAUCUUUCAAGCGUUGUGGCCGAGAAGACUUUGACAGUUCAGUACUACUGAUCACUAUAGUUCUAGAUAAUUGCCAAUUCUCCAGAACUCUGAAGAGUGAAGGCUGUAGUAUAUCCAAUUACUAUAAUCUCU